CUGACAGUUGGUCUGUAUUGCUUAUCUGUUAUAAAGAAGGCAGGCAGGAAAGCAAACCAGCAGACCAUCUGAGUCUUCAUGCCAGGAAUUUGGACUCUAGUAUUGGUCAGCCUCUUUGCAAUUUCAGGAGAGGGACUGAAAUGCUACAGGUGCAUCUUUCCAACAAUUUCACCCAUCGACUGCUUCAAAUUCCCCCAGCAGUGUCCUUCAGGUAACCGCUGCCUGUCCAGUACUGCAAUGGGAAAGAGAGGAAGCUUUCAUCUGGUGGUGUACGAGAAGAGCUGUGCUGCUGCCCAGAUGUGUGGAAAGACUGGAGAGAAAUCCGCCAUGGGCAUGAACUUCACCUACACCAAUACAUGCUGUGAUUUUGACCUGUGCAACAGUGCCACCAGCUGGCCAGUUUGGGUGGUGCUCCCUAUAACUACUGUCUUCUUUGUCAUAGAAAUAUUUGCUUGAGCUUAAAAAAGUAGGAGAAAAAAUGCAAAAAUAAAAACAGACAAUGAAGAUAAA